UCUCAGCAUUCUCACAGGUACAAAAUCGCAAACACCUGAGUAUUGUAUCCCAUAUACACUUACUUAGGGAUUGUGAUCUACUGUGCACUUGGAAUGGCUUCCAAGGCUGCAUCAACUGCUCUUCUCCUUAUUCUCAAUAUCCUUUUCCUCACUUUAGUCUCUUCCCAAUGCCCACCAUCACCUAAGCCACACACGCCAAGUCAUAAGCCUCCACCAUCAAAUAAGCCUGGUACUGGUUCUGGGUCUGGGUCUGGGUCUGGGUCUGGUUCUGGUAGGGGAACUUGCCCUAAGGACACCCUAAAGUUUGGUGUUUGUGCCAAUGUGCUGCAGAACUUGCUCAACGUAACUUUGGGAACCCCACCAAUUACCCCUUGCUGCAGUCUCAUUCAGGGUUUGGUUGAUCUUGAGGCAGCUAUUUGCCUUUGCACAGCCAUCAAGGCUAAUAUCUUGGGCAUUAACCUGAACGUCCCUGUCUCCUUAAGUUUGCUGGUGAAUUACUGCGGAAAGAAGGUCCCAUCUGGCUUCCAGUGCUCUUAGGCUUGUGCCACACCUUAUUGUUAUGCUAUGCUCUGUUUUCCAUUUUUUAGCAUUUUUCUAUUCCUCUCUUGCUAUGUUUGGACUUUUGGAGUAGUUAUGAUGUGGUUUGAGGGAAUUGUUGCUUCUCACUUUCCUCCAUAGCUUCUCUAGUCCUUUUCCUUCUAAUAAUGACAAUAAGUAAGUUGGAUUGUAA